AUGCCGGCGCUCAUCGCUCACGGCAACAUUCAGCGCGCACCCGAGACGCUGCCUAUUGAGUUUGUGGUUGUCGGUGGCGGUGUAGCAGGUCUUACGUCUGCUAUCGCGCUCAGCCGUGUAGGUCACAAGGUGACCAUCCUGGAGCAGCGCGACGACUUCCAGGAGACAAUAUUAGCCGGCGGCUGCAGAUUCGCGCCAAACACGACGAGAAUUUUCUAUCGCUGGGGGUUGGAAGAAGAGCUCAGGAAAAUCAGCAUAUGGGCGCGAUAUGUGCAGUUUUCCCGCUAUGAGUCUGGCGAAGUGGUGGCCAAGGGAGAAUGGGUGCACGACUUCAAAGUGGAGAGUGACGGCGAGUUCAUACAGAUGCAAUACGGGGCUUUUCGCAAACUGCUGUACGAGACCGCGUUGAAGUACGGCGUCACUGUCCGUGCAAAUUCCAAGGUCACGUCCGUCAACAUCAAGCCCGAAGCGCCCUCCGUAACACUCGAGUCUGGGGAGGAGAUCGUCGCGGACGUGAUCAUUGGCGCAGACGGCUGCCAUUCACUAUCUCGGCAGGUGAUGUUCGGAGAACAGGACUAUAUGAAGCGCAAAAACAUCGUCAUGUAUAAUACGGUCGUCCCCGUGGAGAAAAUGGCAGCCGUCCCGGAGCUGGUCCCGUACCUUGAGCGAGAUAAGGUCGGCAUGGUGGUUUCCUGGUUUGGCGACCGUUACGGUGUCAUGGGCUUCCCCUCGACUGAAAUUAAGCGUGUGCAGCAAGGGGACGUAUACAAUCUACACGUCUAUACUCCUGAGACGACCCCCAUGCCAAUCCCAGUAUCGGAGGUGGACUCUGCUCACUUGGUCCAAGCCAUGAACGGCUGCGAUCCCCACCUGCGCAAGAUGGCAGAGUUGGCGACCCAGAUUUACGCCGUGCCCAUUGUGGAGCGCCCGCAUCUGGACGACUGGCUGCACGAAGACGGCCCCUUCCUCGCGAUUGGCGAGGCCGCACACCCCCUUUCGUCCGGCUCAAUCUACGCGCUUAGCCUCGCCGCGGCAGACGGCAUGAUGCUCGGCCGGCUCUUCUACCACCUGCGGCGCAAGGACCAAAUCCCGGUCUUCCUCGCCGCGCUCUCGGAGAUGCGCCACAAGCGCGUGCAGGAGGUGUGGGAUGUGCAGAGCACGAACCCCGCCGCUAUGAGUAUGCCGCCGGGCGUGGAGCAUUCUGAGGGGCUCGCCGCGGCGGAGGCGAUGGGCGACGGGCGGGCGCUAACGAUGACGCAGGACGCGAUCCGUGCGGUGUUCGCGUACGACCCCGAGGACGAGGCGGACAACUGGUUGGUGCAGUGGGGCUUGAUGCGAGAGCGCACGCAGAGCGAGGCGCCGCUCACAUUUGCGGUGGCCAUCGCGCACCAGAAUGAGCAGACUGAGGGUUAG